UUGUCACUCGUUUAAUCCAGGGACACUUAUUAUUUUGUGAUUAUCACCGCAAAUGGUAGAUGAAGUCAGCCAUUGACGAAACCACUAACGUGCGCUCAUGUUGAUUUAGAUACACACCUUUCAUCCUGCAGCGAGCACACUCUCGAAUUUCACGUGGCUCUCCAUUAGUUUGUGUCACCCCUUUGAAAGAAAGGACGUGAGUUUAGAGGGUACUGACCAGUACAUAUUUAUCCUCUCUACUGCCUUCAUUGCCAGUUGUUUGUCCGCUGGGAAACGGAACGAUCGACAUUAAGCAGGCGACAAUAAUAUAACCAGACUACAUUUGAAAUAAUUUUUUUCAAUGAUAUUAUUUCAUUGAACGUUCUCUUGGAGUCAGGGAAGCCUUCUUGGAAUUCUAAGUGUGAAACAAGAAAACUUUUAAACAUGUCCGAGGAGCAACCAAGGCCGAAAAGUCCCGUGUCUGUCACGCCCAAGUCGUCCUUCUCUAUCAGCAGUAUCCUCGGGAAUGAUACCGACAAAAAGGAGGACAAGUCAUUAGAAACAGAAGACAAAACCAAAGAAACAAAGGAUGCUGUGAUUUCUAGUAUAUCCGACAUUUAUGCCAAAUACCAAGCUUACUCAGACGCCGCCCUCACUGCACGUGCAAGUUCCUUCAACUUCUGGUACCCGUGGUAUUCCUCAUUCGUCCAUUCACAAGCAGAUGUCAAUGCCAGUGCCGCAGCUAAACUAAGAGCAGCUUCCCCAAGAUGUCGCUCUCCUUUGCCUUCCCCCACUGGCAUGAAACCACUGCCCCUCAGGAAGAGUAGCGAGGGGUGUCCAUCAGAUGGCCCGCCUUCCCCGGGAAGGACAUUGAAAGAUGAUGAUUCUGAAGACGACGACGAAGAGAGGCCAAUGAAAGAAGGUGAAUGUCAAAACAGCGAAGACGAUGAAAAACGAAAACAGAGGAAGAAGAAAACUAGGACUGUUUUUUCUCGCAGCCAGGUUUUUCAGUUGGAGUCAACAUUUGACAUGAAACGUUACCUCUCAAGCUCAGAGCGUGCCGGCCUAGCCGCAUCGCUACAUUUAACUGAAACCCAGGUGAAAAUAUGGUUCCAGAAUAGGCGGAAUAAGUGGAAACGGCAACUGGCAGCGGAAAUGGAAGCAGCUAAUAUAUCCCAGCGUGCCUCUCACCGGAUGGUGCGCGUCCCAGUGCUCUAUCAUGACAGUAACUUCUCAGGGAGUAGGGCGGACAGUCUACAUAGCGGCUCACCCCCGCUCUCCUCCUCCCUGAAUCCCCUGUGCUACCCCCACCCAUACCCCUCAAUCUCAUCUCUCCGCUCUCUACACAGCGCGGUAUGAAGUCUACAUACCUGAUCCUAAAUCCCGUCAGUUCACGUGACGGAAGUGCUGGACGUUAAGUAACGCCAGGGCCAAUCUCCAGUUUGAUGGAGAUUUUACGCAAUUAAAAACUGAUAUGACCAGAAUAAACCUUGACUCAGGCCCUCGUGCUGCACACCGACACUUACAAGAUGGUUACAAGAGAGCAAAGGGACGGUCACCAAACUGUAGGAAAUUAUUCUCAGUUUAUGAUGGGUGCAAGUAACAAACUGUUAAUCUGUUUAAACCCUGCAUGACGUCCCUCGUCGGUGGCUUCCGUGAACUGAAAUCAGGAGCUUUAUUGAUACCUUGGAGACACAGUGCAGUAACGCAAUACACAGUUGUAGUAUACAUUUAUUUAUUGUAUUAGUACCGAGACACCUGACUGUCUUGACCUGACUGAACUGCGAGCCACCACAGUGGCUCAGUUGAAGCUGAUGCUAUUGCUAAAGUCGUUAGAGAGAUGGUGUCUAUAUGAUGAAAAUAUUUGUGAGGAAAGUACUGUUGUUGUAUAUUUACAUGGGAUUGUUGUAUAUGAAAUGUCAAAGUAUAAUAAAACAUGCUUUGUAUAUUGAAUUGUUGUA